UUUUCAGGGCCAAUAAUCGAUAUAUCUUCACGCGAUACAUGCUCAACGACAUGCACUGACUCAACCAAAUUCGGAUAUCAACCUGGAACUACCUACGAGUACGAUUACGAUGUGGACACAGCAACUCUCAUUCAGGGGGCAUUUGAAGGAAUAUCCGGUAUGAAAAUGACAGCGAAAGUUCAAGUGGAAGUGUUGUCAAAAUGUGACCUUGUACUGAAGGUCAAAAAUGUACAGCUCCACGAACGAAACCCCGAGUCCCCAGAAAACCUAAUUCUCUCAACAAUGUCCGGAGAAUUCAGCAGACACCUGGAGGAAAACUCAUUGAGAUUCUCUUUCCAAGAUGGCCGCAUAGAGUCUCUGUGUCCUGCUGAAAGGGAAAAGACCUGGGUUCUCAACAUCAAGCGAGGUAUCCUGUCAAUGAUUCAAAACACAAUGGAAGAUUUGCAGGUCGACCAGAAAGUCAGAGAGGCGGACGUGACAGGAACAUGUGAUGCCGAUUACACGGUGUCCGAAAAUGGGUGGUACACAGUAACAAUCAAGAAGCACAAGAACCUCUUGGGGUGCACAGAACGCCAUGGAUACCAGACAACACUACAAGGAACACCCUACAGAGUGCCAUCGGAAAUCCAAUCCAUGCCUGUCAUGAAGAGUAGUCACUCUUGCCAGCAGGAAAUCAGCAAAUCUGGAGUCCUGAAGGGAUCAUCUUGUACUGAACAACACGUUUUCAGGCCUUUCUCACGUAACGAUAAGGGUGCCAUGACAGAAAGCAAGCAGACACUGAAAUACGUAUCUGAGAAGAGCGGAGUGUCAGCAGCACAAUCUGUAAGUCGAAAGACUGACAUGAACUUUGAACAUCAUUAUGAUGUUGGAAGUAAAACGAAAACACGUAAGGAUAUUGAGAGACAACUAGUCAACAUUUGCGCUCAAACAACAGAGGAUGUUCGUCCUGAGACACCUCGUCUUUUCUCUGACCUUGUUUACACCAUGCGAGCAGCUGAUUCUCAGACACUGAAGGAUGUUUAUUCCAAUGUACAGAGUGGUUCUCUUUGUAGCAACAACAACCAAAAAGUCAGAAAAUUCUUCAUGGAUGCUAAUCCAAUGGUUGGAACCUCAGCCUCCGUUGCCAUGCUGUCUAAAAUGAUCAAUGACGAUGAGGUAACUGGAAUCGAAGCUGACAUGUGGUUGACAACUUUAGCCUUCAUUCCAAGCCCCUCAAAGGACAUGAUCAGAGAAGUUCAUCCUCUUCUAAAGAAGAAUGGUAAAGCCCUGUUGGCCGUAAGCUCAUUAGUUAACACCUACUGUAAGACCUCUGAAUGCGAGAACGACAUGGACAUCGCUAACGUCAUUUCUGCACUUGAGGAUAAAAUUGGAUAUGGAUGCUAUGUUGAUGAAAACAACAAAGAUAAUAUCGUCUUGACUCUUCGUGCUCUUGGAAAUUCCGGGCACAUCAGUUCAGCAACUGCUACAGUUAACAGCUGUAUUUCUCGAAAAGACAAUCCAAUAGAAGUACGAAUUGCCGCAAUUGAGGCCUUCCGUCGUGCUUCCUGUGACAAUGCUAGAACGGAAGCAUUAAAGGUAUUCAACGACAAAGAGGAAGACUCUGAGCUGCGAAUUGCUGCCUACUUGGCCCUCAUGCAAUGUCCAUCCACAAGCAUUCUCUCGACUGUUCGAUAUGCUCUGGAGAAAGAAGAAGUCAACCAAGUAGGCUCUUUUAUCUGGUCUCACCUAACAAACCUUAUGGAAUCCUCCAGUCCCUUGAAGCAGGAUAUAAGAUCUAUUCUGGAGAGUGAAUACCUGAAAAAAGAAUUCGACAUGGACAAAAGAAAGUUUUCUAGAAAUUAUGAAGGAUCCUUCUUCCUGGAGAAAAUCAACACUGGGGCUUCUGUUGAAAGCAAUUUGGUCUGGUCAUCCAAAUCCUUCAUUCCACGAUCAUUGAUGGCCAACCUGACUGUAGACUUGUUCGGAAAGUCAGUCAAUCUUUUUGAAAUCGGAGGAAGAGUUGAAGGUUUGGAAUACUUCCUUGAGUCCUACUUUGGACCCAAUGGCUACUUCACUGAAAAGGAUGUCAAGAAAGCAACUACACAGGUUAUAAAAGGAGUUGAUUCCAAGAAAAUGAAUAAAAUUGACAGUCAGUUUGGUGUUGGAAUGGAUCAACUCAAAGGAGCUCUCUACCUUCGAGUGUUUGGAAACGAACUCUCCUAUAAUAGUUUCAAUGGUCUUGACAACCUUUUGAGUGGUAAUCGUUUCAAUAUUCUUGAGAUGCUGAUCAGCAUGUCUAAAAAUCACGACUACACAUUCACACAGAACAUCAUGUUUUUGGACACUUCAAUGAUCAUUCCAACAAGUGCUGGAUUCCCACUUAAUCUGACAAUCAACGGAACUGCCACAAUAGACAUGAAAGCCUCUGGAAAAGCGGACCUCCGUAAAAUGGGUACAAGUCCCAUGAGUCUUCUCAUUAGCGGACGCAUCCAACCAAGUGCUGCAGUCGAAAUCUCAAGCAUGAUGAGUGUUGAUGCUUUUGUGACAAAGAGCGGAUUGAAGAUGGUAUCAACACUUCAUUCCAGCACAUUGCUGAAGGGUCAUGUAGAGCUACAAGACGGAAAGAUCUUUAAUGCAAACCUAGACGUACCUAAGGACAAAAUGGAAAUUUUCAGUCUGAAAACCGCUUUUUUCACUCUUCACCGCGACAUAGAAAAGGAGCAGAAAAUGAUCACAAAAAAUAGACAGACACACAAAACAUGCACAGGAUUCAAACUUGCCAAAAUCACUGGAUUGAAAUUGUGUGGAGAAAUCCAAUUUCCAAAUGCAUCUCUGGAGGCGAACGCUCCAUACUUUCCUCUAACUGGACCAAUGAACAUGGAUCUCUCUCUAGUGAAAGAGGAUUUACACAAAUCAUACAAUGUAGAAGCCAGAUUUACAAAGACCAAGAAGGAUAUUAAUAUCCGUGUGGCUUUUGACACGCCAGGAUCACGAGUUGACAGAACUCUUUCUGCAGAAUUCUUACUUGACAAGAAAAUUUCCAAGGUUGAGUUUGGUUUACAGUCUCCAUGGACUAAAGCUGUUUUUACAGGUAAAGUCCAGGAUGAGCAAAAACUAAAACACAUCAGUGGAAAAUUCGUCUACGAGAAAAGGGAAUACUCUGUUGUUGCAGAAGUGGUAAAAUCAAGGAAGGGUAACAGUUAUGAAUACAAACCCAGUAUCGAAAUAUCCGCUCCCAAAAUGAAGCCCAUCCAACUUAAAGGUGGAAUCAAAUAUGAAGGGAUGAAGCUUUUGGAUGCUAAUUUGAUAUUAAGUGGGGUAUCAAAAGAACCAAUCAAAGCGGAAGUUAACUACUCCCAGAAAAAAAUAGUGGUAUUUGCCAAAGCGAGUAUCAGCUUUGAGAAGAAGAAAGAAUACGCUAUUGAAUCCAGAGUUCAGAAGUCAGCAACCAACAAAGCUAUCAGGUACAGGCCAUACCUGUCAAUCAAAUCACCAGAGAAGGAACUCAUUAGUUUCGGGGGCUCAGCGGAGUACAAGACUGGAAAAGCACUGAAAGUGGAUUUAACCGUUGAUCGCAUCGUUUCAAAGCCAAUGAAACUCUUUAUCCAAAUAAGAGAUGGUAGCAACAAGAAAAGUAAAGGUAUCAGAUCCAGAAUAGACAUUAAGUCACCAGUCUUCACCACAAAAUGGACUUCCAUGUUCAUGCUUAAAAAUCAGCAGAUAGGCAUCGUUCGCUCCACACUUGACUACGUUAUUCCUCGGGUCAGCAGAGACAAGGUAACCCUGAAUGGAAAACUGAAUGUCCGCAACACAAAGAGCCUUGCAGCUGCCAAAGGAAACAUGGCCUUAAAUUUUAAACAACAAUCUGAUUACAAUCUCAACGUCAAGUUCGACAUCAGCAAGAACUGGAAGCAUUCAGAAGCUAAUGUGAUUGCUAUCUAUGGACCAAACAAAGGGGAUCCCAAAAAUCGCAUCGAAAUGGACGGUAAAAUGAAUCAUCUUAUUAACUGGAAACAGAAGAAAAUCAAUAUUGAUGCUAGUACCAAAUUCAUCUUCCCAUAUUUUGGUGUGAACUACCAAAUGAAAGGAAAGCACACGCAGUCCUCCAAAUCCAUAGAUUCAUCUUUGGAUGUCCUCAUUGGAAAGAAAUCCUCCUACAGUGGCAUACUGGAGUUGAAAGACAAAUCCAGGAAAUUUACAAGUAUGGUUGGUAAAGUUGGUAUUUCUAUCCCAGGCAGAGAUAUCAUCAUUAGCAAUGUAUUUGAUCAAAACAAUGCCAAAAAAUACAGCAACGUCCUGACAGUUCAGCUUGAGAGUGGGAAGAAAAGUAUUAUCCAAACAACGCUGCGCAAUGUUGCUACAAACGAGUACGAUAUCACAACUUCUUUCAAUGUUCCAACAUUUGAACUGCUAACAGUCUCGGGACAAUACAGACUUAUUUCUUCAAAUCUACAGGCUAAUUCUGAAAUCCAAUAUGGUAAGACCAAGUAUGCUAUGUCCUUGUCAUCUUUAGUCCGAUCUGGAUCACGUUUUCAGUUUGCAGGUGAAUUAGAAUACCCCUCUCGCAAAAUCAUGGCUGAGUUUGACACUAGAAUUAAAAGCCCUGUAUGCUCAAGUAAACUUGAUGUCAAAUGGGAUGCGAACAAAGACCCCUCAAAACAACUGGUGCUGCUGGGAGAAGUUACCAAAGGAAAUCAGAAUGUUGAAGCUACUCUGUCCAAACUAAGCCCUCUUGGAUCCGGCAGUCUCAACCUGAAACACCGGAGCGGUGACAAGUACAUAACUCACGCCCAUGUUAAGUGGAAUAAAGAAAUGGUUUCCAUGGAUUCUACCUUUGGUGAGGAAAAGAAUGGUUACAAGGCAGGACUAAAAAUUGAGUCGCCAUUUAAAAACUACAGAUCCAUCAACAUUGAUUUCAGCCACCAAAAUGAUAAAACAAAGUCUUCAUCAAACAUUGACAUCGACUGGAAAUCAAUGAAGCGCAUGUCUUCUACCCUGUCAUUAAAGCAACCAUUACGGUGGGACGAUAUGGAAGCUACUCUUGAUGUAAAGACACCUAUUCCAGGAUUUGAAAGAUCAGGGAUUGAACUUAAACACAAAAAGUCUGACAGAGUAGAAAGUAUGAUCAAGUUCUCCUGGAACAAAGAUUUUCUUCAAGCAGAUAUCCUUGCUGCAGACAAAAGCUUAGUAUCCUCUAGAGAUCUCACCGGAAGGUUGAGUGUGAAAUCCACUCUUAAAGAUAUUACAUCUCUUUAUGCCGCUGUGAAACAUGUGGACAACGGACAGAGGUUUGAAAACAGCAUUAACUUCGAGUACAAUGGAAAAGCAUACGGCUACGAAGGGGAAAUUACUCAUUACCGAAAUGGGUUGCAUUUGCAGAACAGCGGGAACAUCAAGGUGAGGAGUCCAUCCAGAAAAGUAGAAUCCUCCUGGUCACACAGAAAUACACUUGAGGACAUUCAAUCAAACUUUAAGUUUGCAUCCGGUGCUAGCAACAUUGACUUUAGCUUGAAUGCAAAGCAGAGUAUGUCAAUUCCUCGCGGUACAUUAACUGUCAACUCCGAAUUCCGCUCCUCAUUUGACAUCGCUGAAGAUAUUGCCUUGGAGAUUUCGCAUGAACAUGGGGUUGGAAUGAUCGAUAACCAGAUUCAUUACAUUGCCAAAGGAAAGAAAGUCCUCUCCUUGAUCAAUAUCUAUAAACGAAACAGCGGAGUUGCCUCUUCAAGACAUACUUGUUCAUGUCAUGGAAUUACAAAGACCCUGACUGUAUCCUCUCAAUAUCAAGGUUAUCCUCUCUCUGGUAGAAUUGAGUAUCUAUCCAAUAAGAAAUCAGAGGCUAUGAUUGAUGGUACAUUUAAUAUCUCCCCUGUUGGACUAAUGAGUGCAAAACUUGAAGCAAAGAUGAGUCAGGUUGAUAAAUUGAAAACAUUGAAGAUUACAAUGGAUCAAUCGAACGAGCGAGGUGAAACUGUUACCAGAUCAUCUAUCGCCCUUCCUACUGGAGACACAAUCACGAUGGAAAACCGUGGACAAUGGGGAGAUAAGAAGAGCCUGAACACUAUUUUGAACACCCCAUAUGAAAAUCUUCGCAGAAUGACCAUUGGUGCUGAAUUUUCAGGCAACUACAAAUCCUUCCAUACAAGCGCUAACUUGAUGAUCAAUCCACUCUUUGAACAAAUGUCUGUUACAUCCCAGUGGAGUUCAUAUGGUGGAAUAAUUGCUAGCAUUCAGGUGAACACUCCAUUUGAACAAUACAAACAAAGCCGUAUCUCAUUCACACACAAUGAUCAUACAGAGAAAAAAGUAACAGAAUUGAGUGUUGAAUAUUUACCAGGCAAGACAAUAAAGUUGGAGUCUUCUUUGCGACCAAGUCUUGAAAACUUAGAGGGUAGCAUUACUCUAACAACACCAUUCCAAGAACUUCCAUAUUCAGCAGCAUCUAUUCGCCAUAGCGGUGAUAGUCGUCAAUUCCAAUGCCAUGGAGAGAUUGAAUACACCCGAGGUAAAAAGAUCCAAGGAGAUAUGACCUUUUCAAAUGCAAGAAAAGUCGAGGGGACCUUAGUGGUUAGGUCUCCUUUUGCAAAUGAUUUCAUUGCUGCAUUUAACCACGAGGGGCCUCUAUCUCAAUUCUCUUCCCACGCUGAAAUGCAAUAUGGAAAAUCCAAGAAAUAUGAAAUUACUGCAAACUAUGCCGAUUCAACUGGAAAUAUUAUCAUUAAAUCUCCUCUCCAUGAAGACAUGUCUGCUUCUUUUAACCAUAAGGGAAGCCUAUCCGACUUUGAUACACACAUUGAUGCUUUGUAUGGCAGAGGGAAAAAAUACGAAUUGGAUGCCAAAUACCGUCAACUAUCUGGAACUGUAAGCUUCAAAUCUCCUCUCUUUAAAGAUAUGAGUGCUUCAUUUAGCCAUAAAGGAGAACUAAAUGAUUUUGUAUCGCAGGCUGAAUUCCAGUAUGACAAAUCAAAGAAGUAUGAAGCUAACAUGAAGCUUUCACUCACUAAAACAUCAACAGGAUCAGUUUCAUUCUCCUCCCCAGUCACGGAAGAUUUCGCAAUAUCCUUUUCACAGGAAGGCCACAUAAGGGACUUAAAAAUUACUGUCGAUGGUAAAUAUGGGAAACAGAAGUGUUCAGUCAUGUCAGAGUUUAGAAAUGCAAAGAAGCUCCUUGGGUCAUUGGAACUCAAAUCUACCUUUGUUGACAACAUGAAAGCUGAAUUUUCCCAUGAAGGCACUCUGAGCAAUUUCGAAACCAGUUCUUCUUUGACAAAAGGAGGAAAGGCUUUAAUAGAAGGAUCUGUUGCGUUUUCAACCGGAAAGAGAUUAAGUGGAUCAGCGACAUUGAAAACACCAUUCCACAGGGAUAUUUCAGCAACAUUCAAACACUCUGGUGAUCUUUCCAGAUUUCAAACAUCAGGGAGCCUAAAGAUGGACGAGAAAACACAAUUCAAAUUCAACACUAACGUAUUAAUCAAAAAGAGAGCAAAAGCAACAAUCCAAAUUGAGAACCCUUUUACCGAUCCCAUCAAGCUUACUUUGACCAGGAAAGGAAAACCAGCAAACAUGAGAAUUAUAAUAAAUGCACUCAUCGGAAAUGAAGAAAAAUAUACGGCUGAUAUCACCCUGAAACGAGAAUCAACAUCUGCCGUUAUUGUGAACAUUGUAACUCCUAUACCAGGAUACAAGAAAGUGAAGGGAAUCUGGAACUUUAGUGGAAACAUGAAGAGUUUCAAAACCACUGCUCGGGGUUCAAUAGGAAAAGAGUCCAUUGCUGCAGAUAUCAAGGUGUCUUUCCAGCCAAACUUCAAGGCCGACCUUUCUGUGGUAACACCAUUUAAAGGAUACAAAAAAGCUGGCGUCAUCCUCUCUCAUCAAGGUUCCCUAAAGAAUUUCCAGUCCCAUGCAGAGGUUACACUGGGAAGUAACAAGCUAUACAAUGCGGAUAUUAUGUUUGCUAUAGAUCCGAAGAUCGCUACCUCAAUUGUACUUCAAACUCCAUUCAGGAACUUUGAAAAAAGCGAAGUUUCUAUGACACAUGAUGGAUCUUUGAGAAACUUCAACAACCAAGUCAACAUCUUAUUACCGAAUAAGAAACGCUUUAUGUCUAGUCUACAAAUGGAUACUCAAUCAGAUAUUUCAGUACAAGUCUCACUCCAAACACCCUUUAAAGAUUAUGAAAUGAUUCAAGGAACAUUUACCCAUAAAGGGAGCUGGAAAAACUUCCAAAUUCAUGCACAGGGCUCUGAUGGAACCAACAGGAAAUUGAUUGGAGAAAUUGGAUUAAGUCUUCUUGAUCAAAUAAAGGGUAAUCUGAAAUUUACAAGUCCAUUCAAGUCAGUGCAUCUUUUAAAGGCCAGUAUUACACAUGACGGAACAUACAACAAUUUCCGCAGCCAUGCCGAAUUUGAACUUAACAGUGACAAAUCUGAAAUUGAUGUAGACUUCAGUUCCCUCGUUAAAUUAGAAGGAAGAGUUCUUGCCAAGUCGCCAUACUUCCAAACAAUUGACGGCACCUUUGCACAUGAAAGUUCUCCCAUUUUGACUACAACUGCAAUCAAAUAUGGAAGAAGAAGUCUUUUGGACGGAAAAUUGUCUCUGAAAUCCUCUCCACUUCAAGGAUCCUUGUUUGUGAAUUCCAUUUACACAAAACCUCUGAGAGCCAGUUUAACUCACUCAGGUACACUAAGGAGAUUUAACACAGAAGCUGAAAUCACUUAUGGAAAAGAAAACAUAAAAUCCAGUACAGAGUUUGACUCAACAAAUGAUUUAUCUGCUAGAACUUCACUGACAACAACAUUGGGAAAAGUCAACACUGUAGCAGCUUCGUUUUCACAUGCUGGAAGACUGAGCAACUUCAAAUGUCAUGCUGAGGCAUCUGCUAACGGUCAGACUGUUGAAGGUGACUUAACAUUUGCAAGCAUUAAUUCGCUUGAGGGGACACUGUCCAUACGCACACCAUUUGCUGAUUAUAAAGAAAGUGACUUCCUCUUCCGACACAGUGGUGGACUACUCAAUUUCAACAGCCAUGCUGAAUAUUCACUUGAAGGCAAAAAAUCUGAAUUUGAGAUGAGUGUUGUAACGGACGAGAGAGUAAAUAUUGUCGGAUUUGUUAAAAGACCGUCUGCUAAUGAUAUCAUCUUUAAACUGACUCAUACUGGAUCCAGCCAGAAAUUCAACAGUGGAACUGAGUUGACCUAUGGAGGAGAAAAGAAAAUCCAAGGAGAAGUUUCCUUUGAUACAGUUCCUUCACUUACCUUCCAAGCUUCUCUGACAUCAAAAUGUCCAGUUGUCAAGAACAUCCAACUUUCCAUUUUACAAGCUGGUGCAUCUGAAAAUUUCAACAUUAGAUCUUCAGCAAGUUUCAAUGGCAAAGAAGUAACAGGAAAUGUUGGGCUUGACCGACGCAGCGGAAUCAAUGGUUACUUUACUCUGAAAACUCCAGUCUCCGAGGAUAUCAUGGCAUCACUCAAACAUAAUGGUCCCUUUACAAACUUCAAAACUGUUGGAGAACUUUCAUACAGUGGAAGAAAACAAAUCGAAUUUGACGUAUCACUCGAUGCUUCGUCAUUUAUUAUCGGACAAAUAUCAUUCACAACUCCCAUAAGUGCUUUAAAUGAUAUCAAAGCUAAUUUCCGCCACGAAGGGGAUCUGAGCAACUUCAAAAAUUCAGGAUCAGUCAGUGUAUCUGGGAACGAAAAAAUAUCUGGUGAUAUGUCCUACAGCUCCAAUCCCAUAUCAGGAUCUUUCAAUAUCAGAAGCGUUCUUGGAAAAUUGAAUGGAGCAUUCAACCAUGUAAAGUCAUCAAGAUCACUGAAUUCUCAUGCUGAACUUAAUGCUAAUGGCUACAAUUCCCAGAUAGAUGCCACUUAUUCCAACGAUGGUAUUAAAGAAGGAACCGUAUCUAUUUCAAGCCCCAUCUGUGGAAAUAUUGGCGCCGCUUUCACUCAUGAUUACAAUGAUGCCCAAAUCACAAGCAGUAUAAAAAUGCAUUCAGAGGACAAAAUCAUUGCUGCAGCAACUGAUGUGACCUUUGUUGACGGUGUUAGUGGAAAAGUUUCUUUAAAAUCUCCAUUCCAAGGAUUCGAACAACAAUCUAUUUCCGCCAAAUAUGCAUUUGCUGAUGAUUUAACCGGAGAUUUUACAAUCGAUUACAAUAAUGGACAAAGGAUAGAGGGCCAGAUGUCAUUAUCAGGUAGAGACUUCGUAGAAGGUAAACUUGUCAUCAAAACUCCCUUUGACGGCUUCAGAGAGUCCAGUGCUGACGUAUCGUAUACCAUUUCCUCUUCUGGAUUAAAGGCAACUGCUAAAGCUACAUUCCGUCAGCAGAGCGUUUCAUCUGAUAUUAGUUUUGCUAAAAAUCCACUUCAGGGUAGCAUUAUAUUGAGAACACCUUUUAUCGGCUUUGAAGAAAUGAAAUCUUCCUUUAACCAUGUCAGUUCUGGGUCUGGCUUCAAAAAUCACAUUGAAGGAACAAUAGGUAGAAAAACCAUUCAAGCUGAUACUUUCUUCAACCACAGGAAUUCUGUAACUGCAAGUACCACGAUUAACACUCCGGUGCAGGGAAUGAGAAAAAUUUCAGCCUCUUUCAACCAUGAAGUAAAGGACAGUGGUAUUUCGACCGUUGCUAAAGCAGGAAUUGAGAAAGAAGAAAUUUUACUUGAGGCCACAUUCAAAAAAAGACCAAGUGUCACAGGCGCUCUUAGGGUUUCAACACCUUUCUCAGGAUUUGAAGACCAAAGAGUGUCCUUCAAUUUUGAGAAGACACUGCUGGGUUAUCAAUCACAGGCCGAAGCUACUUAUCAGACGAAAAAGAUCGAAGUUACUGGUAAUUUGAAUAUCGAUACAAUCGUUGAUGGAGAUCUCCAAGUCAUCACUCCUUACUCAGGUUUUGAAAGACAGAAAAUCUCAUUCAGAGGCGAAAGUAACAAAGUACACGGUAUAUUGUCAUUCCGACAAAAAUCAAUUGAGGUUACUGGUGAACUCAUGUCCAAUCAAGGAUCAUUCUCGGUUGAGUCGUCUUUUCCAGGUUUUGAAAGUCAAAGAAUAAGCUAUACGACUGAUGACAAGAAAGGCCAUGUAGAAGGCACCUUUAGACAAAAGACAAUUGAAAUUGAUACAUAUCUGUCCGCCAAGAAAGGUAGUCUCUUAAUUAAAACGCCUUUCAGUUCUUACGAGAAUCAGAAUUUACUUUUUACCAUUGAUGACCAGAAAGCCCAUGCAGAAGGCACUUUCAGACAAAAGACCAUUGAAAUCGAUGGAGAACUUUCUCCCAACAAAGGCAGUCUCUCAAUUAAAACACCUUUCACUUCUUACGAGAGCCAAAAUAUCAAGUUUUUAAAGAAGGGCUCAAAAAUGCAAGUUGAGGGAACAUUUAUGGAGAAAACAGUUGAAAUUGAUAUCACUUUCAAAAGAGGUAAAAGAAUGGAGGGACAAAUUGCUAUUAGGACACCAUUCCAUGGUUAUCUUCAACAGGAAGCUUUCUUCUCUCACGAAAUUACCAGUGAGAGUUGCCAGACACACGCUGAGAUGAUCUUCAAUAAGCAAAAGUCAGAGUUUGAUCUUAAUAUUAUCAGGGGAAGUAAAACUGGAUUUAAAGUAUCUCUAAGAACACCUUUCAAUGGCUUUGAAGAGCAGGACGUCCUCCUUGAGUUUGAAAGAUCAUCCAGAGGUUUAACUGGACGCGCAGAAGGCAACUUUAAAAGAGAGAAAAUUGAAGCCGAUCUAAGUAUUCAACUUCAGCCACAAAUUUCGGGCAAUUUCAUUGUAAAAACACCUUUUGAAGGAUACGAGAAACAAAAUAUGCAAUUCACAUACCAAAUGACAUCUCGGGACAUCACAUCCCAUCUGGAAGGUUCAUUCCGUCGGCAAAGAUUAGAGGCAGAUCUUUCUGGAUCUAUUCAAAAUGCAGAUAUGAAUGUGAAUUUUAAGAUGCAAACACCUUUCAGUGGUCUUGAAAUUGUUAGCGCCCAAGCUACAAGCUCGUGGUCCUCCUUUGGAUAUCAUGUCCACGUCGAAGGUGGAAACAAUAAAAACAAACUUGAAUUCGAUAGUUCUCUGGAUACCUCAGACGCAGUAUUGGCUUCAAUGUCUCUUAAGACACCUUUCUCUGGUUUCGAGUCUACAUCAUUUUCAUUCAACAAAGAUGGACCUUUGAAGAAUCUAGACGUAUCCAGCACUUUGGUCUUUGGAUCCUCUCAAACGGCAUCAGUCUCCCUACGUAACAUUGUAAGAGAUUCAUCAUCCGAACACAUGUUGAAAAUCCUGAGCCCUUACGCCCAUAUUUCUGCCAUGCAUACACAGUCCUCAGAUAGUGGUUCAGUUCAAUCCCAAAGCGAAUUUACCAUGGGAGACCGGUACAGUUUAACUCAUACUAAUUCUCUGCAAUACAAUGACGAUCCUUUGAUCGACUUCACGUCUACAACUACUUACACUAUUGAUGGUGUUAGUUCCACAACAAUGACAAAGGUACAUCAUGAAGGCUCACUUCGAAACUUCAAGACUGACGUCAUGACAAGAUAUGGAAAUGAGGAAGCAACAGUAUCUGUGCAGUUCAAAAAUACAGACGCCAUCGAAGGCUCCCUAGCAAUAAAAUCACCAGUGCAAUACCUUCGUGACAUCAGCGCUAAAUUUUCCCACAGCGGUGACUUUGAUCAAUUCACUACCUCCGGUGAUUUCCAGCAUGAAAUGACAGGAAAAGUAGAAGGAACAUUGACAUUUUUCAGACAGAACUGGCGUCGUGUCAAUUCUAAUUUGGUAAUCAAAACACCUUUUAGUGGAUUUGAAAGAACAAAACUGAGCGUGAAACACACAGCAAAUAGAAACAGCGUCAGAUCAUUUGUUGAUGUUACAUACGGAUAUGAUCAAAACAUUCGAGCUUCAGCAAAAGGAUCCAUUGAGCCUAUGGAAGCAGAACUUUCAUUUACAUCUCCAUUUAAAGGAUUUGAAAAUCUUCAAGCAAGUGCCAAAACUUCAAUAUUAGGAGGUAAAUACAACGGAGUUGCGGUCUUAUCAAGUGAAGAUCGUGCAAUAUCUCUAAAAUCUAAUCUUGAUCUUGACUCAACACCAAUGUCAAUUGCUAUCGUCCUUGCAACUCCAUUUUCUGGACUGGAAUCAAUAAAACUAGCUGGUUCACACAGAGGAACUUCUCUUGACUUUACCACCAGUAUUGAUCUGCAAACAUCAGUUGGAAAUGCGAAGUCUGAUGCUAGCUUCAGGUUCAACUCUAUUUCUGAUGCCGAUGGUUCAUUUUCCUUGGCCAGUGACAUUAUUGGUCUUGAAAACAUCAAGUUCAGUAUUAAGAACAAUAAAAAUGGCAACGAAUUCAGAAACAAGCUGGAAGCUUCAUGGAUGAAUGGUCAAAGUAUUGUAUCUGAUGCAACAUAUUCCAACAUUGAAUCAUGGAGAAUCACAACACGCAAAGCUGGACUUACCAUCAGCACUCCUUUCAGUCAGCUAAGAAAACUUACUAUUCAAGGAAAUAACGAGAAAUCAUCAGACUCCCUCAAACAAUCUAUGCUUGCUGAGAUAAAUGGUAAAAGAUUAUUGGAUAUGGACAUUGCAUAUGAGAAAAAUUCCAAACACUCUAUUUCCGCCGUGAUGAGAGAACCACAGCCUAUGAAAUUCGAAGGAGAAACAGUUUUCUCUGAUUCCAUAAAAUCAGCACUGGUUUCCAUGAACUUGGAUACAACAUCGUCGGAAAGGCAGGCAAAAUUAGAGACAAAAUAUGUAGUAGACCCAUACUCUCAGAAGAAGGAAGUUUUAGUCAAAAUUUCAACACCUAUGAGAUCUGUUGAAGUAAAGGGAUCUGGAGAAAUGUCAUCAAACCGAAUACUCUCUUCUUGGGAUAUCCUGAUUGAUGAUACCAAGACAUUUGGAUUCGACGCUGAGCAUUCAUUGGUGAAAAGGCGUGCCAACUAUGCCAAUGGAAACACACUAAAGUUUAGAUUUCCAGAGAGAAGUGUUGCCCUCUUUGGAUCCUUUGAAGAUAAAUAUGGUAAAAAGUCUGUAGAUGGAUCCGUCAUGUGGGAUGCAGACAGAGACACAUCCAAGAAAAUUGGUAUCAGUGCUAGCGUUACUCCCCAAGGAGACUCUUUCAAAGCUGAUGUGUCUUUUGAAAUCCCAAGCAUUGGCAAGGAUGUGAAGUUGGAUUCUGAAAUGACCCUAAAUCGAGGAAGUAUUUUAUUCGAUGGUAAGACAGAAUUCAAAUACUCCAAAGACGAAGACAAGACCGUUGUUAUUAACUCUCGUAUUGAGGAUAUUUCAACCGGUUCGAACAAGAACUACACCUUUAGCUUGGGACUGAGACACAUUUUCAGCAGUGUUGAUGUUCAAUUUAAAUCACAUGUUGGAAUGUCAGAUGACAAGUACACCAGUGGAAUCAAAGUUGACUACAUGACAGCAAAACGCAUUAAGAAGAACUUUGCUUUGAUGGGUGAAAUAGACAGCCUUCGUCGUCAGAUGAAUGUAGAGGUUGUCUCUCCAAUAAAAUCGAUGAUCAUUGCUGGAAAAAUCGAGUCAAAGCCUUAUAGGUUGAGUUUGCGCAGUGUGUACGAUAAUACCAAGGAGAUUCAUUCUGAGAUCACGUUUGACCCGGAAAACAGACUUUUAGCUGCCCAAAUGAACUAUGAUAUCGAAAACCCAGCCAAUGUCUUACACUUUGUUGCUAAAUAUGUAAACGACAGCGCUGUCCUAGCGGAGAUGUAUCGAGAGGAAAACUCACGUAGAAUCACUGAGAGUCUUCUUGCUAUGAGACUGAAUACUUCCAGAAUCCUUCACACCCGUGUUCACUGGAGACCUACCAUGAUUCAGGACAUCAAAACAUCUGGACUCGGAAAAAUUGCUCUGAAUAGCAGAAGAAUAAACACUGCUUUCUCUGAAGCUGCAAAGGCCUUUGGCAACGAGCUGAAUUCUAAAUACAAUUUGAUACGUCAGUCUGCCAGCGAUGGAUAUCGACCAUAUGGUGAUUUCAUGCAGGGAAUCAUAGGAGAAAUUGGGAGAACUUACCCAAAUAUUGACCUUGCAUACAUCAGACGCAUGAUUCAAAGUAACCCUGUUCAAUGGCAAAAUUUUCCUGGUAAAGACAAAUAUGAUCUUUACGUAGAGGCCAUCAAGGAACUCAUGACACUUGUUGAAUCGAAGGGAGUUCAGUAUUACGCAGAGCUAAUGGACUUCAUCGGACAACAAUUUGUCGAUUUGUCUGCUGUCAUUGAGACUGCUAUGAACAAAUACCAAGAUGCAGUAUCCAGACUUUCAGGAAACCACGUCUCUGAGUAUAUAAAAUCCAAGUACGACGCUUAUUCAACAAGACUUAGUGAUAUCAGAGUUCCAGACAUGGCUAGCCAGUACACCAAUGCUAUCUAUGGUGUCAGGGACCAAAUUGCUUCUAGGAUGAAUGGUCCUGUUUUCGAAACUAUUAAGGACUCUGGCGCUCAGAGCUACCAACUGGCUUACAAGGCAUACAAAUUCUGGGAAGUAGAAGAAAAUGUCAAGUCUGUUAUGAAGAACCUGUUUGAUAUGAUUAAGAAAGACAUUGAGGAGGAAUUUGCCAUUCUCAAAAAUUCCAUUUCCAACUUAAAAAACUCUAGAAUCACCGUUUUCGAUCCUAAAUCAGGUGAAAUACAAAUGGACACAUACCUGCCAGUCGCUAUGUCAUCUUUGAAGGAACUUCCUAAAGUGUCUGUCACCAAAUAUGUCAACAGACUUCACUCUUACAUUCCAAAAUAUCCCAAUAAAUGGGGAUCAGUAUCUGACUACAUUCCCGAUUCUGAUGUCUCCAACUGGAUUCCACCAUUCAAAGCUGUUGCUACCCUUAAUGGAAAUCACUUUACGACUUUUGACGGUGAGGAGUUUGACUUUUCUGGAAAAUGUUCCUAUGUUUUAGCACGUGACUACGUUGAUGGUAAUUUCUCUGUCAUCAUGAACUACCUCGGCAAAAAUAAGAAACAGCUCAUCAUCACAACAGCUACACAGACUCUGCAAAUAGCUCCUACUGGAAAACUUCGUGUUGAUGGUCAAAUUGUCAGCGCCCCAUACCAAUCCCGGGAACUAAGUGUAAAGACUGACGAGGAACUUUUGAGCGUGCAUGGCCGUGGAUUCACUGCUUUCUACAGCAUUCCAAAAGAUCAACUUAAACUUGUCGUUAGUGGAUGGUACCAUGGCAAAUUAGGAGGGGUUUUUGGAACCAACAACAAUGAAGUCUACGACGACAUGAUGACAUCAUCACGAGGCAUUGUGACAGAAGUUAAACCAUUCGUAAACAGCUGGGAGGUUGACAGCAGAUGUCGUUGAACUUAGAAACUUGUUGAUAAUUAACAUUAAUUUUUUUAAUUGUAUCAUUAAUUAUUAAAAUCUAGGUUUUUAAAUAUGUCGAUUUUUAUAGACCAAUAAAAGCA